AUGCACUAUUUGGGUUGCUCAUAUGGGUAUCUUAUCUUCUCCUACGAGGAGCACUGCCUCCUUGUCAAUGUGUACACUGGUACCAAGGUGAAGCCCCCCAAACUCCCACCCAACAACAGACUUGGGUACUUAUGUGGCAUAGGCAUCCUUACAGCUCCAUUAAAUUCACCCAACUCUCGCCUCCUCCUUUGCUCGAAAGCUUCCAUGUUUGAGUGGCAGGUUGGAACAAACUCCUGGUCAGAGCACCCUCUUGCUCUUGAUCGUGAAAACAUCUAUCAGAUUGUGUUCUUCAGAGGUGAUAUCUUUGUCAUAGAUGGUCUUAUGAGGCUCCACACUAUACACUUGACGCCUCAGUUCAGCAUGCAAGAAGUUGCAAUUAAAUUGGAGUUUGCGCCUCUUCAUCCAUGGUUAGUGGUCUGUGGUGACAUGCUUCUCAUGGUUGACCAACUGUUAAGCUAUGGCGAAUUGAAUGGCUCAGUUGACACAACCAUUAAGGUCUUCCGCCUCGACUUUUCUGUUGAACCAGCUGAGUGGGUGAAGCUGGAGAAGCUGGAAAAUCAUGCUCUGUUUGUUAGCGUCGAUAGGAGGAAUCCUACAUUUUCUUGCAUGAGCCCGGAAAGAUGGGGAGGAAAGAGUAACUGCAUUUAUUUUGCCAGGCUAUCUGAAGGUCCUGAUGAAACUUGGUCUGCCGUCGAUCUUGGUCAGCCAGUGCUAAAAGACAUAGUUUUCCCCAUCUACUAUGGUAUGGUGCUCCCUCCUGACUGCAGCCUACUAAGUAGCCUAUGGGUGUUCCCCAAUUUAAUUUAUGGUUCUGGCUAG